CACAGGGAGUUUCGAGGUGGAGUUGACACCGGCAGGACGAAUAAUAUUGAUCGUCAGACAGUCCUCGGACACCGGAAAGCCGCUAGGCAGACCCUGCAUGCGGAGGUCGUCAGCACGGGAGGCCGGAAGCGGAGAUCGCCGAGCGGCGGUUUGGCAUACGGGAUGCCUUUGGAGCCUCAGCUCGAGGGAACGUCGAAGCAGUUGGGGAGCGCACCUCCGAAGAACUCCUGGCCGAACGUCGAUAAGCUGCGCCCAACCACGGCUGUUUUGCCGAGUUGCACCGUUGGGGCGCCACUGGCGGCGAGAGCAAAGAGCAGUACACAAGAGAGUAUGGCUGGAAUUCGCGUCAUCGCAGAUGAGAGGGGAUCCGCUAAUUGCUCC